AUGGAAGAGCUUUCAAUACCAUACGAAAUCAUCUCACUGAAGUUUGACGAUGUCAAGAAAAAGCCUUACACAGACAUCAAUCCCAAUGGCCGUUUCCCUGCGAUUCAUGACCCUAAUACGGGCCUGACACUGUGGGAGUCGGGCGCCAUCCUGAACUACCUGAUCGAGCAGUAUGACACCAAGAACCUCAUCAGCUACACCACCCUCAAGGAGAAGCACCACUGCAAUCAGUGGCUGCAUUUCCAAGUCAGUGGCCAGGGCCCGUACUAUGGCCAGGCCGGAUGGUUCAAUGUCAUGCAUCCCGAAAAGGUCCCCUCCGCUAUGGAGAGAUACAACGAUCAGUCGCGCCGCGUCCUCGGGGUCUUGGACGGCUGGCUUUCAAGCCGGAAGUGGCUUGUGGGUGACAAGAUCACCUAUGCGGACAUUGCCUUUGCACCCUGGAAUGAGCGUUUCGAUGCCGUCGUGGCUUGUGCGCCAGAGGAGAAAUUUGAUGGGUUCCCCCAUGUUGCGGCGUGGCACCAGCGUAUUGUCGAACGUCCCUCUUGGAAGGCUGCCAUGGAACACCGUGACAAGGGUAUGGACGAGCAGGGACUCAUGUGGAAUGGGAGGCCCAAAGGCAUCAAAACCUUCCAAGAAUAUGAGGCAAAAAUCGCCAGAGGCGAGGAUACAACUCCGGCAAAGGACCUUUAG